GUCCGUCCGUCCGUCCGUGAGGCCCUAGCUACCCAGCUGCCAGUUACGUCGAUCUCUUAUUGCGGUACGGGUGUCCUCUCCGACGCUUCCACGCGCUUGAUCAUGGCCUGAGCCAACUCGGCAACCUCCUUGUCCUCACACUGCACACACCAGUGUCAAUGUCUCCAUUGAAAGAGGGCGUGUGACAGUUUGUGUCUGUAUGCUCGUCUCUCUUACGUCGCAAAGCGCCCGAACCCUCGCCUCAGCCCCUGCAGACCGAUAGACCGACGGAUGGAGAGACAUCCACAUGAAGCAGGUGGCCGCGGAGAAUACCUGCCCUCUUUACGGCUUCAAGCAGCUCGGGGACGGCCUCACCAUCAACCUACACACACACAAAGACAAGGACCGGCUUGCCGUCGCAUGUGUUUGUCGUCUGUGUGGAUGCGGGGUCUUGUGCGUUGCCCACGUACAACGACAAGGUCUUCCAGGUUGGGGAGGGUCUCAAACUGUGUGUCCCAAUUCGACUCCCCAUCCGCACCCACAGAAUGACUGCACAUACACCACACCACACCACACCACACGCACCACCACGCCACAUACAUACAUCACAUGACAUCACCUUACAGCCCGUGUGUCUCUCCUCUCCUGCAGCAUACGGUAUGCAUAACAUACCAGUCCAGCAGCUCCACCAGCGGCUGCACACCCCCCAUACGAACAAAGGCGUUCCGGCACUCACAACCUGUGUUUAUUGUGCACCCGUCAAGGGAGACAAGAAGAGACAUGACAUGUACUCUGCCAAAUCAAUCCGGUCGAUGGGCUCGGCUCACUCUGCGAGUAGACAUUUCUCAAUGUGGAGGCCGUGGCGGCCCUCAUGCCCUCUAUCGGCGACCUGAGGUGGGGGACCAGCGGGGCGAACCCACCCGCCUUGUAUAUCGCCAUGCAAUUCGCUGAGUCUGUCACACACACACACAGGCACAGAAGAGAGAAGGACAGACACACGGACUUUGGUGUGUCAUGUGUAGCGUGUAGUUUGGUUACUCUCGACAGUGAGGAAAGACAAGGCCACGACGGCCGCCUGCACACGAUCGUCUUCCUGAUCAUCGAUGGGACGGGAGACACGAUGAAUGUCGGCACAGCACACAUCUCUCUCUGCCUUCUCUUUUCCCCCUGCCGUCAUCUCAUCUUGCCCACCCUCGACGAAAGAAACGCCACGAGCGGCGGGAUGGCUCCCGCCUCGCGUAUUGUGUCCUUCACGCCCGCUUCUGACAACGACACACUGGAUGACCAUCCAUCCGUCCAUCCGUGUGUGUCGCCCUCCCUCCCUCACACUGACUUUCUGUCGACGACGCGAGAAUGGCCAGCUGCGUGGCGGCCAGCGCACCGACAGUGGUUGGAUCCUGGGCCCACGGAUGCAUCCUCUCCUCCAACUUGGUUAUCUGGAUGGACGCCACACACACAGAGAGGCCUGGCGUUAUGAAUUCGCCUCCCUCUGCCUACCUACCUACCUUUUGGUCAGACUUGAGGAGGCUGACAAACUCGGCAUAGUCGUCCGUCUCAAACGCCAAAUCAAACCGCUCGCAGUCAUCCCCCGGCCUGAACAAGAAAGACACGCCACUAACUCAUUCAACGCAACCAACAAAUGGCACUUGCAUUGCGUGACGCAAUCAAGAACAGAAAUCGCGACCUUUGUCGGCCUUACUUUGAGUGUUUCUCGCCCCGAUGCUUGUCGCCCAGCGGCGGGAGAGCAUCGGGGCGCUCACGGGCAGCACGCGCCUUCACUUCCGCAUCCUGCACACAACCAACCCACACAUACAAGAGAACCAAGCGGAAUUCACAUGAAAAAACACUAGGGCAGCUCACCGUCCUCUCAGCGCAGCAGCAUGCCUGACCCAUGGCUGAGGUCACGG